AUGUCCAGUAACAGCGUCACCAUCGCACUCGAACUUGGUGACGGUUCUCAUGUUCCAUUUGAACUCAGUAGUCGCAUGCGUAGGCGAUGUUUCGUAUUGAGCGCGAUACCCCCAGGUGCUAUACUGCGAGGUGUGCAGUUCGAGCCUUUCCGAGCUGUGAUGAACUACCUGCACAGCGGGGAGUGUCCCCCAAUCUUCACAGGUCUGGCCGAGGGCAACGCAUCCCUGCUUCUCUUCGCUCAAACGUGGGUGCUAGCGGCGCAACUUGGUCUAACUGGAUUGCAGAAUGAUCUCAUGACGAUGAUGAUCGGCAUUCAUGCUAACAUCGUCGACGGAAGAGGUGCAGACUUAGACUUCCAGUAUACUACCGACGAGUCCCUCCUCGAAGCUUUCCAAUAUCUUCGAGACCAGAUCGGACGCAACAGUCAUGCCGAAAACUUCCUCAUAUGCUUUGCUGGUAGGACAGCGCCUUCGAUCAGCGAACUGGAACGAAACCUUGAUACUACGAAGACUGACCCUGCUAUUCGAAAUGAGAUAUUGACGGAAGCACGAUCCUUUAGUCCAGACCCCAUCAAGAAUCAGCCAGAGGUGUUCUUUGUUAACGACAAGAGGCCUCCUUCAUACCCACAACUUGAGAUGCAGCCAAACAAAACAGCUUUAAGUAAUGGACGUUGGACGUCUGCUCACACAACACAUCCGAUCGAUGUAAACGACGCCGAUAGACCACAACUAACCAAGACUUUUGGAGAGUUCGGUAAUGGUACACAAAAGCACUCCUCAAAGACCCCUAAGCACAAAUAUCGUGUAGGCCAUCUCAGAUCUCCAGAUUCUACUCACACGCUACUACAUAGCUCGUUCUCCAACCAGCCAGAUGAGGCUUGUGAUCCCGGAGUGCGCAUACAUGUGGGCGACCCCGAUGACCCAAAUCUGUCGUAUCCUUCACAGGGUGUGGAAAAUCCCAAUGGUGACCUUAGUGCUUCUACUGUAUACCAUGAUGGCGUGUUGCACUCGGAUCGACCUCUAUCAUUACCAUUGCCAUCGGUCCUACCGCCGCUUUCCUCACCAUCACCACCAUCGGCAUCCUUGCAAUGCCCACGCCCGCCUGUGUCCCCACACACCCACUUAUCAUCUCACCGAUCCUUUGUUGGUUCCCAAGAUCGAGGACUCAAGGCGCCGUGCGUCAUCCAGGUCUACCAGUAUAACAACAAGGCGCACGACAACGCGUAUCGCAUCCACAACGAGAGCGAGAAUACUGUAGCAGCUCAAGUGCAGGGCCGUGGUAAAGGUGGAGAUAGGACUGUAAGAGCAGUAGCAAAUAGUGGUAGACAAAGCCAAAAGUUAAUCAGGCAAAAGAAAGGGAAACGAUGCAGAUGGUUCUGCCUCUUGACUUGUGGCAGUAAGCACUACUAG